AUGGCUCAGCACGAAGUUCAGCUGGACAGAGGGAAGUUCAGCUGUGUGGUCUGUCAGGAGCUACUGAAGGAUCCAGUGACUACUUCCUGUGGACACAGCUACUGCAUGAGCUGUAUCCAGAAACACUGGGAUGAAGAGGAUCAGAUGAAGGUCUACAGCUGUCCUCAGUGCAAACAGACCUUCACACCAAGGCCUGUCCUGAUGAAAAACACCAUGUUAGCAGAUUUAGUGGAGCAGCUGAAGAAGACUGGACAAAAACCUACACUGGCUGAUUACUGCUAUGCUGGACCUGAAGAUGUGGCCUGUGAUGUCUGCACUGGAAGGAAGCUGAAAGCCACCAAGUCCUGUCUGACGUGUCUGAUCUCUUACUGUGAGCUCCACCUCCAGCCUCACUCUGAAUCCCCAGCUUUUCAAAAACACAAGCUGGUGGAUCCUUUGAAGAAGCUCCAGGAGAACAUCUGCUCUCAUCAUGAUGAGGUGAUGAAGAUAUUCUGCCGUACUGAUCAGCAGAGUAUCUGUUCUCUGUGCUCUGUGGAUGAACAUCAAGGCCACGACACAGUCCCAGCUGCAGCAGAAAGGACUGAGAGGCAGAGAGAGCUCGAGGUGAGUCGACUAAACAUCCAGCAGAGAAUCCAGGACAGAGAGAAAGAUGUGAAGCUGCUUCAACAGGAGGUGGAGGCCGUCAGUCGCUCUGCUGAUAAAGCAGUGGAGGACAGUGAGAAGAUCUUCACUCAGCUGAUCCGUCUCCUCCAGAAAAGAAGCUCUGAUGUGAAGCAGCAGAUCAGAUCCCAGCAGGAAACUGAAGUGAGUGGAGUCAAAGAGCUUCAGGAGAAGCUGCAGCAGGAGAUCACUGAGCUGAAGAGGAAAGACGCUGAACUGAAGCAGCUCUCACACACAGAGGAUCACAACCAGUUUCUACACAACUACCCCUCAGUGUCACAACUCAGUGAACCUACAGACUCAUCCAGCAUCAAUAUCCGUCCUCUGAGAGACUUUGAGGAUGUGACAGCAGCUGUGUCAGAGCUCAGAGAUAAACUACAGGACACUCUUAGUGAGGACCGCACCAAGAUCUCACCAACAGGGACUGAAGUGGACAAACACUUCCUGUUCUGUCAAAACAGCAGAAGAAGAAACAGCUGCCGCUCCCUGGAGGACCUCACACUGGUCCUGGGUCUGGUCCUGGGUCUGGUCCUGGGUCUGGUCCUCGGUCUGGUCCUGGAUCUGGUCCUGGGUCUGGUCCUGGUCCUGGGUCUGGUCCUGGGUCUGGUCCUGGGUCAUAACUCACUCACUGCUAAAGGCUCCAGUUGUUAA